UCAGUUGUCCACUAUUAUUUCCCCAUCAAAGAAAGCAACACCACACCACUAUUAUUACCAAACAACAAUAACACCAAUCAUGUUACUGCUUCAUACUAUUCUCUACUCUAUUUUUCCUUAGACUCUGCACAAUGUCUCACAUUCCCUUGUUCUUCCUUUGCACAAAAGCUUAGGUAUUUCUAUUGAAAUAGGUACAACCACACUGCUGGAUACGGUGAGCUAAAGUGAGCUUUAGAGCCUGUUAACAAGUUUCUGUUCAAGGGUGUUAGGGACUGUUGUCAUUGAGAAUUGGCUGAUAGUUAGGUUGGCGUUAUGGGUUCUCGAUUCCCAUCUCAUCAGUUGAGCGGUGGCCUUUAUGUAUCUGGCCGGCCUGAGCAGCCAAAAGAAAAGGCCCCGACUAUGAGCUCAGUUUCCAUGCCUUAUACCGGUGGGGAUAUUAAAAAGUCUGGAGAACUCGGGAAAAUGUUUGUUACCCCAACAGAUGGCUCGAGGUCUCGGAAAUCUGGACCUAUUAACAAUGCCCCAUUGAGAACAGGAUCCAUGACUUCUGGUGGUGGUCCUGGAUAUGUUUCUCUGAAAAAGACCAACUCUGGGCCUCUAAAUAAACAUGGGGAGCCUAUGAAGAAGUCCUCUGGUCCUCAAGGUGGAGGAGGUACUGUUCCGUCCCGUCAAAAUUCUGGCCCUAUCCCACCAAUACUCCCUACCACAGGCCUUAUUACAUCUGGUCCUCUAAAUUCUGCUGGAGCUCCUCGGAAAGUGUCAGGUCCCUUGGAUUCAACUGGGUCAAUCAAGCUGCAGAAGAAUUAUUCUAUACUUAAUAACCAAGCUGUUACUCGCAUUAACCAAUGUGAAGAAUACUCCUUCCGCAAGAACUUCCCAAAGACAAUAUUUUGGUCCAUCGUUCUUUUAUUUGUGAUGGGAUUUAUUGCUGGUGGCUUUAUCCUUGCUGCUGUGCACAACCCCAUUCUUCUCGUAGUUGUUGUUGUCCUAUUUGCUGUAGUCAGUGUGGUGUUCACAUGGAAUACUUGUUAUGGAAGAAAAGCUAUUGUUGGUCUCAUUUCUCAGUACCCAGAUGCUGAGCUUAGAACUGCAAAAGAUGGCCAAUUUGUUAAAGUUUCUGGGGUAGUUACCUGUGGAAAUGUCCCUCUUGAAUCCUCGUUUCAGAAGGUUUCUAGAUGUGUUUAUACUGUCACAAGCUUAUACGAGUACCGAGGGUGGGAUUCAAAAACUGCCAACCCAGGACAUCGUCGGUUUUCUUGGGGUCUUCGUGCAUUCGAGGGGCAUGUCUCUGAUUUCUAUAUCUCUGAUUUCCAGUCUGGUUUAAGGGCUUUGGUCAAAACUGGGUAUGGUGCAAGAGUAACCCCUUACGUUGAAGAGUCCACUGUUGUGGAUAUCGAUCAAUCAAAUAGGGACAUGUCGCCUGAAUUUGUCAGAUGGCUAGCAGCGAGGAAUCUAUCCAGUGAUGACCGAAUAAUGCGAUUGAAAGAAGGGUAUAUAAAAGAGGGUAGCACUGUCAGUGUAAUGGGAGUUGUCCAACGGAACGAUAACGUUCUGAUGAUUGUUCCUCCUCCAGAACCAUUUUCAACAGGAUGUCAAUGGGCUAAAUGCAUUCUUCCAGCCAGUCUUGACGGCAUCGUUUUGAGAUGUGAGGACAGUUCAAAGAUUGAUGUCAUUCCAGUUUAGCACUUUUAUCAUUCAAGAAGGCUGUGCUGUUUUUGUUUUAAAUACGUCGAAAAACCCUCUUCACUUGGUUAACUAGAUGUAUAGUUUGUCGAUUUGAUUCGAUUUGUUAUUUUAUUUCAUUUCUAUUCUUCGUGUAAUGGCGUUGGUGUCAUCAAUUGUGUAGAGGCAACAUGUUGAUUACUGAGGAUUUUUGAGAGUUCUUAUGGCUAGAAAAUCAAGAUACUUUUGUUGACAUUGGGGGCUUUACCAAACAUUAUUCCCCAAUGGAUACAACGUAUGUUUAUUUGGUAUUAGUAAUUCUUUUGUGGCCUCUUAGCCGCUCUCUA